AUGAGUGCGUCGAGCGUCUUGGCUCACGAAGAUGCGCGACUCGGUUUUGAACACGAGACUAACCACUUGGUUGAACGCUCAGACUUGUAUACCUGGGGUGCAACUAUCAUCGGUCCCGAGGACAGUGAAUGGGAAAAUGCGGUGCUUACGCUGAAGCUGACGUUCCCAGAGCAGUAUCCUGAGAAACCACCACGAGUUCGCUUUACAUGUGAGAUGUUCCAUCCGAACGUGUACCACGAUGGCAACGUAUGCUUGUCUCUUCUCAGCGAGAACUGGUCGGCUGCAUAUAGUGUAUCCAGUAUCCUGAUCGCAAUCCGGAGCUUGCUAACGGAUCCGAACCCAAACUCGCCCGCGAAUCCCGAAGCUGCACAUCUAUUCUCAAUGGACUACAAUGAUUACAAGCGGCGGGUGCGGCGAAUUGCCCAAAAAUCUCUAGAAUGA